AUUGUGUACUUGCAAUCAAGUUCUUGCUCCGCAGCUUCUCUCCGCUGUCGUUUUUGUUUUUCUUCUCCUUUUCUCUAAAUUCAUGAACCAGCAGCAACGACAAACAACGAUUGAUGUGUAUCUCUCACUCAUCUCUGUUCAUUCAAAUUCCACAUACCCUCAGAUAUUUUCCGUUUUUCUCUUCUUUAACACCUCAAUCUCUGCGCUGCUACUUAUUAACAUUUCUUGAUUAACAGUAUUUCUAUUUCCAUGGCCUCUCUAUUCUUUCUUUAAUUCAAUUUCAGUUCACUUCAAUUCCUCUCUCUUUUCUUUUAAAUUUUCAGUCUUUUAUUCUUUUCACCUCUUUACCCACAUGGGAUUGGGUCUAACUUAUAGAGCUCCGAAUGGAACAAGAGUCAUCAUCCCACUUCGCAACUUUAAUCCAACAAUCUUUCAACACCCGUUACUCCUUUUCAGCCCGAGAAGCCCUUAAUGGGUUACCCGACUGUUUUACCAUCACUGACCCUUACAUUUCUGGCCACCCAAUUAUAUUUGCCAGUGAUGGGUUUUCAAAACUGUCCGGGUUUCCAAAAGACGAAAUUAUCGGCAAGAACGGAAGGAUAUUUCAAGGACCUAAAACAAACAGGAGGUCAAUUAUGGAAAUACGUGAAGCAAUCCGUGAAGAGAGAGCUUUGCAGAUUAGUUUGUUGAAUUAUCGUAAAGACGGCACGCCGUUCUGGUUGCUUUUUCAUAUGACACCUGUUUUUAAUAAGAAAGAUGGAAGAGUUGUUCAUUUUGUUGCAGUUCAGGUACCCAUUUUAAAGAGGAGAAACGGGUCGGCUUUGAGUGAAGAUGGCUCUGGUUUGAGAGAGAUUGUCUUUGGUUCUUGUAGACGAGAAGUUUGUUCUGAUUCUUUGGUUGAGUUGGGUCGGGUUUUGUCUUUGGAUUCGGAUUCUAGAGGAUCAAAUAUUGAGGAGCCAUGUGAGGCUAGUGAGGCUAGUGAGGCAGAGAAGAGAAAAGCAGUAACUGCAAUUAACAGUAUAUUGUCCGUAUUGACUAAUUAUAGCGAGUGCAAUGGUGAAUUGGUGUGUGCAAAAAGAUGCAACUUAGUCGGGGCAGGGAUGAUUAGCUCAUCCUUAAAUAUAUCUCUUGGUAGAAUCAGACAAAGCUUUGUAUUAACUGAUCCACAUUUGCCAGAUAUGCCUAUAGUUUACGCUAGUGAUGCUUUCUUGAAGUUGACAGGUUAUGCUAGGCAUGAAGUGUUGUGGCGCAAUUGUAGAUUUUUAGGUGGGAUUGAUACAGAUAGAUCAGUUAUCGAGCAGAUAAAGAAAAAUAUUCAAGCUGAACAAGCAUGCACAGUACGUAUCUUAAAUUACAGGAGGAAUAAGACUACAUUUUGGAGCCUUCUUCACAUAUCGCCUGUUCGUAAUGCUACUGGCAAGAUAGCAUACUUUGUGGGUGUUCAAAUAGAAGAAGGUUGUAAAAGCCAGGACACACAUGGAUUCAGCCCUGAGAUGAGGCAGCUCAGUUGUGUAGGUGCAGUAAGGGUAGCUGUAAGGAGUUCAUCGAUUGGUGCUGGCUCCUCUAAAUCAUAGUAUAAGUCUUCAAUAUUCUUCGCUUCAGCUGGUUACUGGAUUUCAAAUGAUAAGACACAGCUUGAAGUUCAUCUCAUCUUGUAAAUGUUGAAAUUGGAGGAAAAAAAAAAAAAGUUACCCUGAUGGAUUGUUGUGAUAUUCGAAAUGUUCAUAUACAAAAAUAUUUUCAGCAAUCGAAUGUGUUCUCUUUUAGUAGAGAA